AUGGUGGAAACCAAAGAACAUAUAUCUUUUGGAGGUCCUAAAAUUACGGAAAAAACAGAGGUCACGUCCUACACAAACACUUUGCAGCCACACGAUUCCCAACCGCCGGACAACGUGGGUCCGCUCCAGGAUAGUGAAAGUACAACUGGAAUGACAACAGACGUCAUCUCAACUAACCAAACUCCCCAAGAGGCAAAAAAUAAAACUUCAUCAAAUGUAUCACAACUUAAAGAAACUACAACUCUUCAGGCCUGGAAUACAAAAUCUGUCACAAUAGCCGAAGAAACUAAAAUAGCCUCAAAAUUAUUAUCGACUCCAACCAAUAUGAUGUUUGAAACGAAAAAAUCACCAGCUAAACCCAAUGUCUGGGAUGAAACCACUAACUCGCCAACAAUAACUGGUAAACUUAAAGAUGAUAAUCGCACCCUACUUACAACUAACAUCCCUAGUAGAACAUCGAAAUCACCUACAACAACUGAUGUACCUAAAGAAACGUCUCAUUCAUCAGUUACAACUAACAUCCCUAAUGAAAUACUUAGUUCAACAACAACUGAUGUACCUAAAGAAACUUCUCAUUCAUCAGUUACAACUAACAACUCUAGUGAGACACAUAGUUCAACAACAACUGAUGUACCCAAAGGAACUUCUCAUUCAUCAGUUACAACUAACAUCCGAAGUGAGACAUUUAGUUCAACAACAACAACUGAUGUACCCAAAGAAACUUCUCAUUCAUCAGUUACAACUAACAUCCCAAGUGAGACAUUUAGUUCAACAACAACAACUGAUGUACCUAAAGAAACGUCUCAUUCAUCAGUUACAACUAACAUCCCUAAUGAAAUGCGUAGUUCAACAACAACAACUUAUGUACCUAAAGAAACGUCUCAUUCAUCAGUUACAACUAACAUCCCUAAUGAAAUACUUAGUUCAACAACAACUGAUGUACCUAAAGAAACUUCUCAUUCAUCAGUUACAACUAACAUCCCUAAUGAAAUACUUAGUUCAACAACAACUGAUGUACCUAAAGAAACGUAUCAUUCAUCAGUUACAACAAACAUCCCUAAUGAAACACUUAGUUCAACAACAACUGAUGUAUCUAAAGAAACGUAUCAUUCAUCAGUUACAACAAACAUCCCUAAUGAAACACUUAGUUCAACAACAACUGAUGUAUCUAAAGAAACGUAUCAUUCAUCAGUUACAACAAACAUCCCUAAUGAAACACUUAGUUCAACAACAACUGAUGUAUCUAAAGAAACGUAUCAUUCAUCAGUUACAACUAACAUCCCUAAUGAAAUACUUAGUUCAACAACAACAACUUAUGUACCUAAAGAAACGUCUCAUUCAUCAGUUGCAACUAACAUCUUUAGUGAGACAUUUAGUUCAACAACAACAACUGAUGUACCUAAAGAAACGUCUCAUUCAUCAGUUACAACAAACAUCCCUAAUGAAAUACUUAGUUCAACAACAACUGAU